CUGUGAAAAUGUGCGGAGCGUGUCGCCAGUGAAAGCCUUGAUAAUAUUUCCCCCUAUAUAAUUUUUGUAUUUUUUUCGUUUCGCAUUUCGACCGAUUUGUUUACGCGUUCGUCUAUCGUAUAUACUCUGUGCCAAUCAAAGUGAAAUCACCGAAAAGAGCUUUAAUUGUGCGUGGGCCCCAGGCUCAUUCAAUUAUCUAAAAGAUACAAAAGUAACAAAGAUACUUAAGUGCAUCUGCCGAAAAGUGUGUGUGUGUUUUUGUCUGAUACGAACAAAGAAACUUGAGAAAGUUCUCUUUUAUAAAUUCUAUGGGAUUAUCUAAUACGCCAUCGUUUCGUGAGAGAGAAAACUUACGCAUCGAGCAAAACAACAUUUAUAAAUAGCGGGAAAAACUACGAAGAAAUCAAAAUGAAAAGUGCAGCGUAGAAAACAAAAUCGAAGCCGAGGAAAUCCAAACAAAAUGUGCAACCAAUCAAUGGAGUUGAACCCUUAAAAAAAAAAACAACAAAUAUAUAUAUAUAUAUAUCAAAAGAAAAAAAACACUAAAAAUAAAGCGGAGACACUCUCAGAACUUGGCAACAUCGCAGCGUUGGUCCGCAGCAGAUUGGCCAAAAAUAACCAGAAAAACGGCAGCAUCAGUCCGUGCAACUAGAUGUUGUUGCUGCUGCUCGCCUUCAUCAUGCGAUUCGUAGACAUUUCCAAGCGCUGUGCCGCCUGCUCCAGGGCCGGCAUCGAUUGUCCGCACAACGGCAGCGGCAACGGCAACAGCAACACGGCAUGCUGGCAAAAUGUUGCCACUGCUGCAACAACCAGCAACAGCAGCAGCACCAGCAGCGGCUGUGACAGCAACAGCUCCUCCAAGGAGAACUACUAUGUGCCGCAGCAGCAACAUCGCCAGCGCUACAGCAACAUUGGUGUGACGCCGCAGCAACUCGAGCAGAUACGCUUCUAUCAGCGCAUGCAGCAGCAGCAGUUGCAGCUUCUGCAGCAGCAAUUGAUGCAGCGGCGUCGCCUGCAACAGCAGUUGCGGGAACAGGGUGUGCCAUCAGCAACAUCCAAAGCAACUGCAACAACAACAACAUCCGCGGGUCUCACCUGCAAUCAACAGUAUUUGCGGCAACAACGUUUGCUGCAACAACAGCAGCAGCAGCGAUAUGUGGACCAGAACAGCAACAGCAACAAUGACAAUGAUUAUUUGAACAACAACAAUAAUCUUAACAAUUUGAAUAACAAUUUAAACAACAUCAACAACAACAAUUGGAAUCACAACAUUAACCAACAAAACAAUGGAAAUUUUGUCGGUCAAGGACCCAAACUUCGACGUGGCAUGACAGAAUUCUCAACAAACAACGAUCACAGCAAACCGCAUUUCACCGCAUCUCAGCAGAAACCGCUCCAGAACUCACCCAUCCACCAGCAGUCAUUUGCCCUAACCAAUCCCAACUCACAUCCCCAUCUGCUUCAGCGCUUGGCCCAACAGCAACAUCAUCAACAUCAUCACCAUCAUCAUCAGCAGCAAAGACCACAUCAGUUCCAGCAGACCCUGCCCUUUAGCCAGUUACAACACAACAACGGCAACACAACGGCUGGCCACAUUCUAUCCGGAUCGGGAUCGGGUUCGUUGCCACAUACCCCGCUCAGCUACCGGAAUCCCCUGAACAGUCCCAGCAACGGACCGUUCGGCAACACGGCGCAGACGACGGCAACGACGACGAUUGGGAAGCGGUAUCAGCAGCAACAGCUGACCGAUCGCCUGCUGCAGCAGCAACAUCUGCAGCAGUGCCAGCAGCAGCAACUGCAAUCGCUGGGCAGCGAUGCGGAGGAGGACGCCGCCGGCGAGGAACUGAGCGAGGAGAGCCUCAAGCAGAAUGUGGCCAUUGUGCUGAGCAACUUGGAUCGCUACAAUAACGCCUUGCGAAGCAUUAUACUGAAUGAGCAGGUGAGCAGCCUCAUCAGUCCCAGCAGUCAGUCGGGCAGCCUCUUCCUUGGCGAAGAAACGGGCAGCCUGCUCUACUGCGACAACAACAGCAACGAGGAGGAUCUGGUGGGUAAUAGGAAGCUCCAGGGCAACAAUAACUUUGUGCUGGGCAAGAUGGCAGCCACACCGGAAUCGGAUUACAACAGCAAUGCCACCACGCCAGGAGGUCGCAGCAGCAGCGAACAGCAACAGCAGCAGCAACUUGGGGUAGGUGAUGCUAGGAUGCUUUGUGGUGGUGGCGGGAUGCGGGAUACUACUAAUGGCGGUGGCGGUGGCGGUGGCGUCAACAAUCUCAACUGUUCGCUGGCCUCGUCGCACGACUUUACUCACGACAAUUCCGAUUACCAGUGGUUCCUGGACUACGGCUAUCGAGAUGGCUGUGGCGGGAUGCAGCGCAGCGUGCUAAGCUCCCUCUCGGCCUCGUACAAUGCCAUGGGUGAUCUCAUCUACUACGAGGAUCUAGCCAAGAACUUGGACGCCAACCUGGCCGAGGUGGAUAUGGAGAGUUUCCGGGCCGAGGAUAUACAUUCCCUGCUCUCGCAGCUGCCUGCCUACUGCAAGAGCCUGGGUGGAGCCAAUAGUCGUCUGCAGCAGUCGUUGCUCCUCCAGCAGCAGCAGCAACAACAGCAACAGCAGCAGCAUCAGUUGCAGCAGCAACAGUUGUUGCACCACAGCAACAUGAUGCCGCACAACAUGUCCCAGACGUCGACCACCUCCACCAACGAACUGAUCGACAACUCCUUCUGCAAGUCGGAGUUGCUUUUCUCGCCGGUGCGGGAGUCGCACAUCUCGGUGGAUUCGCUGGACAUGGAUGCCUAUCCGGACGAUGGGGAGAUCAUACUCACCUGCAAUAAGGACAACUACACCAUAGCCUUCGAGGGCAGUGUCCUCUACUCAGACGACAGUUUCUACGCGGAACCUAGUGAAAUUGCAGCCAGGAAUAAACAGAACUGCAUUAACUUGCACAGCAAUCUGGAUGACAUUGUGAAGCGCAACAAGGCCCUGGAGGUAUCCAUGUCGCGAUCAGCCCAGGCCUUCCAACCACUCUGCCCCAUGUCGCCCAAAGGACAGGCAGCUAUAGCCGCAGCUGCCAAGCUACAGAGACGCUCGUUAUUCCUUGUUUCGCCCGCCCGCAGGUAUCCCUCCGGGAACAACAACACCGAGACCAUCACGAUCACCCGGCACCUACCACAGUGCACGGUGCGGAAGAGCAACAGCCUACCGAAUCUACAGAGCGAGGAAUCAAUGACCGGCAGUUGCUUGAAGGAGCAGCAGCAGCACCACCAGACGGAGGAGAGUGGCCAGCAGGCAGCUCCCCUGAAUGUUUCCCAAGCGAUUAGCACUUCCACCAUGGAGUCGUGCAAGUCUAGAUCUCGUAACCUGCUGCCCAUGUGCCAGAUGCCCAUUUCCAUUAGUGUGUCCGUUUCGGAGCGACUGCAGCAUCAGGCUGACCAACAACAACAGAUCCUGCCCAACCAGCAGAUCACACCCACAUCCCAGCACCAGCAGUCACAGCAUCAGCAGCAGCACCACUCGCAUCAUCAUCGCCACAAGCACCGCUGCAGUUGCUCCCAGGAGAGCCAAAACUUGCACAUCUCCGGCUCAGCCUCCUCGGGCAAUUCCUCCAAUCCGCCGGCUUUCAAUCUAGUCAAGUUGUUCAUCAAACAGAAGAGCACCAACAGCAGCGGCGGCCAGGAGGAUUUGGCCGUCCAGGCAAGUGCCCACACCUGCAUGGACGUCUCCUCCGGCUGCUGGCCAUCGAGCGAUGCCGCGAGCUCAAGCAGCGGUUCCCUGGAGCAGCGUUUGCGCAAGAAGAGCAUGAACGACUCGGGCAAGGGUUCGGCAGUGAGUCGCCACGACGAGGAGGAGCAUCACUACCCGGAACCGGAGACUCCGCGACGCCAGUUAAGAAGCCGUUCGGAGGCCGUGUUCUAUGACGAUGUGGCCACCUCAAGCUCCACGGGAUCACUCACAGCGACCAACUCACCGGCGCAUCGUCGCCGCAGUAUGCCGCUGAGGAAUCCCCAGCUCUAUCAGCUGGCAGCUCAGGUUUCCACAGGCAGCCAAAUGUCCUCGGAGGCGAGUUCGGAGCAGUUAACUCAGGUGCCAAGGCGCUCGGAUGCGGGAUGCGGGCCGAGCACGCGUCCCCUGUCCUGUGCCUCCAGCUCCGAGAUGAUCACGCGCUCCAUGCAGACCUCCUGCGGAUCUCUGAGCACCACCAGGAGCAGCCUGAGUGAGCGGUAUCGCUGUGUGCCGCCCUCGUUCCUCGAGAAGCUCAACAAUCUGGGUGAGGAGCGGCAGGCGCCCAUUUACGUCAUCUAUCCAAACUAUGCGUUGCCCGAUCUCGGAUUCGUGAAGACCAAUGCCAGCACGGAUGUGAUCUUCUCGCCCUUUAACUACAAGAUGACGCUGGACGGAGCGGCGGGCAGUGCCGGCGGCAGCUCAGGUUCCCUGAAGAAGCAGCAGCGCAGCAGCAGCCAGAGUGCGAGUGAGGAUGAGAUCCUGAAGACGUUGGACUAUAAGCAUGUCUCGGACUGGCAGUCACUGGCCACCUUGCUGCCGACGGAAUAUCGCCGGCGGUUGCAGCACAUUCCAGAGGUGAAGCAUCUGGUGCGGCAGUUGGACUCGGAGCUCUCGCAGCGUCCGCUCUUCUGUAUGUCGCCGCCCAUUCGGCGGAAUCGUUCGCACAUUUGCGACUGCGCCAAGUACUUCCAGAGCCAGACGCAGAUGGACGAGGCCUCCAGUUCGGGAUCCAGUCAGCAGCCCAGUUCCGGCUACCGCGGCUCGUCCACGCUGCUCACCGACUCCGAGUUGGAUACGGAUCCGCUGAAGCAGAUGUAUGUGUAUCAAUACGACCAGCAGCGCAUGGACUCGGGCGUGGAGACGAGUCCGGGCAAUCAGCCGACUCAGACACCGCCGCAGCCCAUGCCCAGAAGUAUUCUGCGCAAGGCACACUCGGCACAGGCUCGCUCUAAGCGCAAUUCCAUGAUUGAGGCACAGCAGACGCAAAAGCUGACCAAGCUGGAGAAGCGACGCAGUCUGCAGGAGCCGCCGCAUAACUAUGCGAUGGGCUCCAACGAUGAGCUGGCCGACGUCUUCGAGGAGGAGGAGCACAGUCCACAGGUGCAGCCGGUGAAGCAGCGGCUAUCCCGCAAGGAUCUCGAUGCCAGAGCUCGUGCCGAGAACUUCCUGGCCUCGCUGCCGCGUUCCGAACUGAAGCAUUACGCAGAGAUUGCGGCCAUCCUGGAGUCUUCCGGCGAACAGGUGACCUACGAUGCUGCCGCUCUCAAAAAGGAGGUUAGCCGGGUGCUUAGCCAGCAGAAGAAGGUGUCCUUUAACGACGAGGGUGCUGCUGCCGGCCUGCAGCCGCAGCAUGCUCAGCGCUUUGCCACGCCACCCAAUUCCCCCAACAUUUCCGUGGCGGCACUGCAGCGACGCGAAACGCUGGACGUGAUGGAGCAGCGCAAGAUCGAGAGCAAUCGCUUUAAGCGUCUGCAGAUCCAGUGGGAGCUGAUGAGCAAGGACUCUAGCAUGCUCAAGGAGCUGGCCAGCGAGGCGGCCACCAAGAGCGGCGGCUCCACGCCCACCUCGGCCAACUCGACGGGCUCCAAUUCGGCGCCCAGGUCGAGGAUACCACGACCAGUGAGCUACCCAGCGGGCAGGAGUACCACGCCCACCUCCACACGAACUAUUCCCGUCAUGAGCACACCCUCGCCGGCUCGUGCCGCUGCCAACACACCCAAGACUGUCACUAAAAGCCACAACAAACCCGCUCUUGUUUCCUCCCCCCGCCCACACAGACUCACCAGUGCCCAGGAAGCAGCCAGUGGAGCCAAGAUCAGCACCCGAUCGCCCAGCAGGAUGGUGCAACCGAAGCGUUAUAGUCUGGCCGGAGCAACUACACCCACAUCUGCCACACCGGCGUCGGGAAGGGCGCGUACCCCAACCAAUCGAGUGGCGGUUACGGCGCCAAAUACGCCCAAGCGUCAAGGUGUUGCCCAAUCGCCCAGACCCACCUCGAGAGUGCGUUGAGCGUCCACACGAGUCCAAGCGUCCAAGCGUCAUCCCAAUUAGUCAACGGCAGACGACAGACGGCGAUUAGCAGCAAAAACCCCGAAAAAAAACCAACAUACAAGAGAACAUAUUCAACAAAACAAACAAUGCAACAUUGUAAAAUUCUAGACUAAGGCUUUGUGUGCGGCUCGAUUGCUUAGUUACUGUUUGGCCCGGAAAGUGAUAUUUAGAUGGGAGAGCAGAGAUCAGCAGGGAUCAGCAGGGAGCGAGAACUGAUAGCGAGAUGUGUGUGCUGGUAUCCUUUUUGAUUGAUUGAUUUCAUUGUCCUCAUUUGCGGUAGAGCAGACAAAGUGCGAGAAGUAGCUAAAUUUUCUCUUUUUUACCAAGUAUAUACAUAAUGAAAUCUAAAACAUAUGCCAAGUACGCGUAAAUUAAAUAACAAAUAUUUUGAUGUACAUAUACACAUACAACACAUAUAUAUAAAUGCGUAGAUGCUUUGCUGCUACCCGAAACCCCACAAGAAACUGAUACAAAAAGUGUAUAAAAUAUUUUCUAUACCCUAUGCUAGAUGGCAUACAGUCAAUACUCGAUCGAGCUAACAUACUACACAGAUUACUUAAAGCAUACCAAGCAGGAAAAGCUAAGCCCAGAUACAAUAAUUGAAGAGCUCAAGAGCGGAUCCAAUCGAUAUUAGGCAAUGUCUAAGCCCCCGGGUGCAUUAGAAUAAAUACUUUUUGUUUUGCUUUUUCCAUGCUCUCUCUCGCUGAUCUGGAAAUGAAUUUUCCACAUACCUAUGGCCUUUGAUGCAUCACAGCAGCAGCAGCAGCAGCAACUGGUGUGUUUACUUUGCAGUCUUUGAUUUUUAAUUUUUGUUCUGUCGCAAGCUCAAGAAAAUCCCCAAAUUGCUUUUUAAGCUGGAACUCUCUUUAUUUCUUAUUUGUAACGAGCUUAUGCUGUUGAGCCCGACAGCUCAAGGUGAUUUCAAAUUGUACGAUAUAUAUAUGUUAACAGCCUACACUUACUUUUAAUCUAACUCCUCCCCUUCAUUUGUAACUAUUUAAUCAGUCUGUAUGACUUAACUUUAAUUGGUUAUCCAACUGCUGGGAGACAUCAUUUAAUUUGUAACUCAUAAGCCUAAGUCAAGCACUCUUUUCUAUCCUUAAUUGUAUAGCUAAACUACACUAUUGUAUUAUCUACGAGCGGAAGAAACACAUAUUAUAGAGUUGCGGGAGAACUUGUAUCACCAAAUGGAUAUGCGGGGAGUAUAUAUAUUAUGUAUUAAACCGAAAACAAAACCCAACAAA